AUGCAACAUUUGUUUAAGCUUAUUGAGGAAGAAGGUUAUGUUUAUUGGAGUAGAAAAAGAGAUGACUCUGAAGUAGUUAGAGAUAUCUUUUGGGCUCAUCCAGAUUCAGUUAAGUUGUUGAAUAUUUUUCCUAUUGUGCUAGUUAUGAACAACACUUACAAGACAAACAAAUAUAGGCAACCUCUGUUUGAAAUUGUUGGCAUGACAUCAACCGAGUUGACUUUUGCUGUCGCAUUUGCCUAUAUUGAGUCUGAGCAAACUGAGACUUUUUGCUGGGUGCUAGAUAAGCUUAAACAAUUGUUUGUGAAGAAAGAGUUGUGUCCACAAGUGAUUUUGACAGAUAGAGAUUUUGCUUUGAUGAAAGCCAUUGAAAUUGUGUUUCCAAGGUCGAUCAAUAUGCUAUGUCGAUUUCAUAUUAACAAGAAUGUUGGUGCAAAAUGGAAACAAUAUGUGGCUAGUGACAUGCAAAAGAAAAUUGACGAAUUAUGGACGGAUGUUGUAUGGGCUAGUGAUGAGGUUGAGUAUGAUCAAAGGUUGAACCAACUUGAGCAGGCGUGUGUUGAUUGUAAUGAAUUUAUUGAUUAUGUGAAGGACACAUGGUUGACACCACAUAGACAAAGAUUUUUUGGACCAUGGAUUAAUCGAGUGCUACAUUUAGGUAACACUACGACUAAUGGGGUUGAGUCUGCUCAUUGGAAGUUAAAGCAAAUGUUAGGGAACAGUAUUGGUGACAUGGUCAAAUGUUGGGAGGCUAUAAAUGACAACUUAAAGUUACAAUUGAGUAAUAUUAGAGCUUCUUUUCAAAAGAGUUUUUAUGAAGUUGAGCACGCCCACAUAAGUCCAUUUUACAAUAAUUUACGUGGUUCAGUGUCUCGAGAUGCAUGGAGACACAUUGCUGAAGAGUUAAAACGAGUUGAUUAUGUUGGAACUAACAAGGAAAUAUGUCGUUGUACUCUUAGAACAACCUACAGAUUACCUUGUGCUUGUGAGUUGACAGGAUAUAGAAUUGAUGGUUUACCGAUACCAAUAGAUGCUGUACAUGUUCAUUGGAGAAAACUAAGUAUGGAGGUUAAGUUGGACGAAGAUGUAGAUGAUGGAUCAAAGGUGGAUAUGAGUAGUGCAAUAGAUGAGUUAUGGAAAAGGUUUAAGUCAUUGGAUGUUGUUGGGAAAAGGGCAUUAAAAAGUAGGGUUUUUGAACUUGCCUUCCCUACAAUGACUUCUAUGUUUCCACCACCUGAGAAAAUAAAAACUAAAGGGGGAGUCAAGAAGAAAGACAAAAAACCAGUAGGAUAUGAUGUUUAUAGAGACCCUUCGUAUCACGAGUAUGUUGAUCUAGCAUCUCAAUCUUCACAGAUGCAAUCUCAACCAUCACAAACUUCGAAGAAAUUGAAAUUAUCACAUUCUUCACAAAAGAAAUCUCAACCAUCACAGGCUUCGAAAAAGUUGAAAUUAUCACAAUCUUCACAGUUAUCUAAGCAGUUCAUCCUUCAAUUUCCUAAUCACAUCAGGUCAUAUAUUGAUGAUGUAGUUAAUGUUGUAUCAGAUGGUAAUUGUGGAUUUCGAGUCAUUACUUCAUUGCAUGGAUAUGGUGAAGAUGGUUGGCCAAUGGUUCGUCGAGACUUGGGUUUGGAAAUAAUACAUAAUGAAAGAUCAAGUUUGUAUGUCAAUUUAUUUACUGAUCAGUUAGCAGUAGUGAGAGAAUCUUUGAUGAUAGAGGAAUUUGGUCCUCAGCCACAACAUAAAUGGUUAAUUCUACCAGAUAUGGGUUACGUGAUAGCGAAUUGUUAUAAUGUUGUACUUGUCUGUUUAGGAAUUGAAUGCUGGACUUUCUUCCCUAUGACAUCUUCAUUUUCACCGAAUGUAGCAAUUUACUGCAUUAGUUUUGUAAACAGAAAUCAUUGGGUUCAGGUAAACAUGAAAGAAGGGUUUCCAUUUCCACCAGUGACAGAAGAUUGGAAGAAGUUUCGUUCUCCAGCAGCAACAUCUUGGAUGAUAGGAUUUGCAGGACGUCUACAACAUUGGCAACAACUUACGCCUAUAUUACCAACGCAUUAUGAAUUAUAA